AGCCGCGUGCUUAAAUUAGUCCCGGCACAACUGUCGUUCGCGUAACACGUAGGGAAGCGGACGCCAGUCAAACGCACAAGUUUCGCGUUUUGGGAAGCACGAGAAGCGACGGAUACAUCGGAUACUUGGUCAAUUAAUGUAUUAUUCGUUGAUUAAAGAGGAGUGCGAGUAAAGAAGAUUCCUUUAACGAUUUUAAAACGAAACGUGGAUCGUCGACCGUGAGAGGAAAUUUUUCGUUCGGAAGAGAGGAGGGAGAGAGAAGUGGUGAGGUUCGAUUCCGCGAAUUUAGUCGUUUUCUUUUUUUUUUUUUUUGAAAUUUCUCGAAUUAUGGUCGAUAAUUCGCUUCUAUUGGAGGGGUUCUAAGUGAAUUUUUUUCUCAACGACGACUGUAUGGGUUGGGAAUCGUGGAGAAAUUCGUAGAGAAGAAGAAUCGUAUGAAGUUGACGGAGAGGUGAGCGAGCGAGCGAGCGAGCGAGCGAAGAGGACGAAGAAGAGGAAGAAGAUGCUGUUGCUCAGGCUGAUCGUGGUAUCGAGCGUUUGUUGGGUGGCCAGGUGCGAUUUAUUGGACCUGUACGUCCAGCACAUGGACGAGGCCAUGAAAACUUUGGCCUACAGGAGCAGGCAUCAUCGUCCAAAAGACGUCAGGAUAAGAAGAAGCGUUCGGGAGGAGCAGCCGCUUCUUAGAAUCGGCGGCACGUUCAAGAAACAACGGUUGGACGUGGAUAAGGAUUGGUACGCGCAAUGGAAGGCGAAGAGGAAGAUCCUCCCUUACAAAGAGGACGGCCUCGACUUCCCCAAUUCGAGGGAGGAAAACUUGGACCCGAAUCAACACGAGCUGGUCAACGGUAAUCCUGCUCGAAUCCCCGGCCGGGGAGAGUCCGAGGAAACGACGAGCAGGCGACACGCGAUCAGCAACGAAACCGCGAGCGACGAGCUCGAGAUCGAAGUUUCGAAGGAGGAAUCGACGCGGUCCGACGAACCAACGUCGAUCGAUCACGAGGAUCGAUCGAGGGAGGAGACCACCCAGACGAUGGAUUUUCGACGCGACAUCGAGAACGUGGCCAAUUCCCAAUACGAAAUUAUCGGCGAGGCGAACACCCGCCUGUUCGACGAUCCUAUCUUGAAAAGUAUUCCAAAGUCGCGAGACCGCGUCCCCAAGAAGUAUAUACCGCCAAUGGAUAAAUUGGCAAAGCUUUUUCACGCGAAAUACGCGGCUAAUCCGGAGGAGGGGAGCGUGGACAAGAAGAACCGUGGGAGAAGGAGCGUGAAAGAGCCGAGGUUCACGAGACGCGAGAUGUUGGACGACGACGGGGAGGUCGUCCUCGAGUGGGAUCCCUCGGACGAGGAGAUGGUCACUUUCAAGGUGACCGCGAAAACCUUGGGAUACGUCGGCAUUGGAUUCAACGAGAAAAACCACAUGAAGGGGGCUGACAUCCUGCUGGCCUGGGUCGACGAUCACACGGGCACCGUCAAUCUGCUGGACUCGCACGGGAUCGAGGAGCCAGAGGCGGCUCUAGUCACGGACACGUCCCAAGAUGUCAAAGUGCUGGGCGGUUCGCAGAACCAAACUCACACGAGCGUGAUCUUCUCGCGAAGCUGGCAGACCUGUGACCCUCAGGAUCAUCGGCUUACGGGAGACACGAUACGAGUUCUCUGGGCGCUUCAUUCGAGCGAUCCCGAAUUAAAUACAGCGAUUUGGCCUGGCGACAAACGUGGUGGCAGAGCUUUGAGAUUGAAAACCCCUGCUCCUCACGCACCUCCUCGAUACACCGAGGAUAUCAAGCAUUGGGACGUGAAAUUGAAUCAACCACCGGUUUCAGACAACGUGGACACCACCUACUGGUGCAAAAUUUUCAAGGCCCCUCACAAAGAGAAGCACCACAUGAUCGGGUAUACGCCACUGGUGGAAAAGGAGAACGAGGAUCUGGUCCAUCACAUAAUACUGUACGAGUGCGCCUCGACCCUGCCAAUAUUAGGGCAACAUGCGAGGAUCGUCGGGGCGCCUUGCUACAGUCCAACGAUGCCACGCGAGUGGGAAUCCUGUUUGCAACCGGUGUUGGCCUGGGCACGGGGUAGCACAGGGGAAUGGCUUCCGGAGCACGUCGGCAUUUCCAUUGCCGAGCACUCGGAAGGCUCUUAUUAUAUGCUGGAAGUGCAUUAUAACAAUCCGAGCAUGAGGAAGGUGGUGGACAGCAGCGGUGUACGCCUUCAUCUUACUCCUAAACUUCGCCCCCAGGAAGCGGGGAUUCUCGUUGCCGGGGUUGCGGUGAGCCCUCUUCAUCUUAUCCCUCCUAAACAAAAGGAAUACGCCACGGCGGGAUACUGCACUCCUCAUUGCACGCACACGAUGUUCCCCGAGAGCGGAGUGAACAUCGUUUCGGUGGUGCUGCACUCCCAUCUGGCCGGUCGGCGGCUAAGUCUGAAGCAUAUCCGGCAGGGCAAGGAAUUGCCAAGGAUAGUUGAGGACAAUCACUUCGAUUUCGAGUACCAGCAGUCCCACACUCUGGAAAAGGAAGUGAAGGUACUUCCGGGAGACGAGUUGGUGGCCGAAUGCGUUUACGGCACUCUGGAUAGGACCAAGCCUACUUUGGGGGGAUACGCGGCGUCUCAGGAGAUGUGUCUCGCCUUCGUGGUCCAUUAUCCGAGAACACCGCUUGCCGCCUGCUACAGCAUGACACCGUUGAAACAUCUGUUCAAAACAUUAGGAGUGUACAGCUUCAAGGGUGUCACUAUGGACCAUUUGGAGAAGCUUUUCCUAACGACCAGAACGGAUGCCGUAACCAUUCCUUCGACCGGCCAGCAACAACUUCCUAUCUACCCGGCAACGAGGCCCAGCGAGGACAUCGACGAAGAACUUAUCAGGGAGGCCAAGUCGGCGUUGAGGGCCGUGAAAGAUUACACUCUGGAACAGGAUAACGAAAAUGUUUUCUCCAGAUUGAUCAUCGAGGAACCGGAAGAGUUCAGAGGUCGAACUUUGGCAGAGCACAUGCUGGCGUUACCCUGGACAGAAGAACUUCUCGCAAGGGCUAUCGAGCAGAACCUGUAUCACGGAAGACACAUGACUUUCUGCAGAAAGAGGGACGAUAAGCUUGCUCUGCCAGCAGACAUACAAACGUUUCCUAAUUACACGGAAUUACCGGAAGUAAAUGAAACCAUGUGCACGGAAAUGGCAAAAUUAUCCAAUGCCUCGGGGACCUCCUACCUCGAUAUCGCCACGUUCCUCACGAUUCUAGCAAUCGUGACAAUCGUCGUUUCCUGAAAUUAAAAUUUUAUUAAAAACGUUUAAAAAAAGAACUCGUUAUUGAUCGAUAAAGAAAAUAUACGCCUUGAAACGUUUCGCUUAAAAAUCUGUAACCGGUCGAAACAAGGCUGAAAAAAAGAAAAAGAACGAUCGAAAAAGAUUAAUCAAUAAUAAUUCACGGACAAUCUCUCUCUUCGCCUCCAUACGAGAGACGACAAAAUUUUCGAAAAAUUUUGACGGUCCAAUUUAUAUAUAUAUAUAGAAAUAUAAUAUAAUAUAUAUAUAUAAUGUAAUAAUAUGUAAUAUGUACAAUGUAAAUAUAAACCAUCUACUUAUUUAUAAGGUAUUCGCGCUACAAGCCUUUCCUGUAUUUUAUAUCGAUUUUGUAUAAAAAUAAAAAUAAACCAGUCACCAGAAUGA